AUGGGAAAAAGGAAAAGUGAUGAAGAAAAGUUAAGAAAAAUUAAAGCCAAAAUCAGAAAAUUAGAAAAAAAGUUACAAAAAGAAGCUACAAAUAGCAGUUCAUCAGAAGAGGUGGAGAAUGAAGAACCACAGCAGCAGACCUCCACAAUAAUCAGUGAGGAGUUGGAACUUGUUGAACCUACUAUAGAAAGAAAUACCACAGAGUUCUUGAAAGAGUUAACGUGCUGGGGUCGCGUGUCACCGGACUGGUCUCGGUGCGUGGACGAGUUGCAGGACGCCGUACGGGAGAUCAGCGAGAGAGCACAGCAAUUGACAUACUUCAACAGGAACGCUGAACUUUGCUGGUGAGAUUACACAAAAAAUAUUGAGACCUACUUAGUUAAAAAUGGCACUUCGUGCGCGUAAAUUAUAGCCUAUGUUAUUCGCUUGUGAUAUAGUUUCCCAUAAGUGAUAUAAUUUCGUGAUGGGAUCAGUAUAUCCCAAGAUUAUUCCGUACAAAUAAAGUUAGAAACUUAUCUUUAUUAUAUUAGUAAUAAUUUGUCCAUUGACAAUAGUUAAGGCCUUAGCUACUAUAAGCCAGUUGUAAUAAAAAGUCGGUCUUGCUCAAACUCGGCGAGCACGUUGCUCAGACGAAUGGCUUGGGUACUAGCUCAGGACGUGGCGGCGUGCAGUCAACAACCAAGAGCCUACUGUUCAGCACCACCGCCCCCCCUCACGACGCCGUUGUUGACCGCAUUGUACGGCAUGAUUUUAUAUCCACCGCGAUUGUAA